AUGUCCUUAGAAAAUCACCGACGACAUCCUAUUUCCAUUUCGCCGCCAAAAGCUACCACAACUCCUGAUAAAGCUGCUACGCUUAUCUUCCUACACGGCUAUGGUUGGUCUGCCGACCAAUUCAACCAGCAUCCUCCAAACGGAAAAUCUGUAGCUCAUCACAUCCACAAGUCACCUUCACUUCAGCAUGUCAAGAUCAUUAUCCCGGAAGGGUUGCCAAAUAAUUGGCCGAAUCCAGGAAAACAUACAUGGUAUAACAUUGACCAACCCGUUCCCUCUGCUGGCGACCCUUCAAAGAUUCACGAGUUCGGACAGCAUAAUUCUGAUGUGCAUGAUAUCGAAGUCUCACUUGACUACUUUGAGUCUCUCAUUGAUGCGGAGGCUGCAACUGGUACACCUCCAAACCGGAUUAUUUUCAUGGGUGACAGUCAGGGCUCCUCGAUUUUGUACUUAUUCCUGCUCACACGACGAAGAGCUGCGGAUCUGGGAGCUGUGAUUACAUGGGCAGGGUUUUCUGCAACGCCCCUAGAAACUAUAGCCCAAAUGCAAGAAAAAAAUGGAUUAUCUGAAGGUUGGGCGAAAAAUACCGUAUUGCACAUGCUACACGGCAAGGAAGAUGUUUUUGUUCCUCUGAUAAGGGCUCAAGCACUUAUGACCGCGCUCGAGAGUUAUCGUGCUCGUGGCCAGGGUUUUGAGACUCUUGAGUGGGUAGUCGUGGAUAAAUUGCGCCAUUCCUUGGUUGAACCUGUUUGGCCUUACAUUCGACGAAUCUUGGAGCGCUUCUCAACGGAAACAGAGGCAGCUUCAAAGUUGUGA